CAUCUGGGUUACUUUAAAUCUGGGUUGGGUUUUUUAUUACUCGUUCCAAGAAAAUUGGACUCUUGAUGUAAAUGAUUGUAUGAUCAAUUGCUUAAGAAGAAUAAACUAGUUUUUAGUGGAAACUAUUUUGGGGGAGGGAGCAUCUAUGUAUCUUGCGUAGGAGAGACAGUUGUGGUGGACACAUGUUUGAGAACUGAAUGUGGAUGGCUCUGGCCUGGCCCUGGCAUGUGCUAUUAUCUGGGAAAGGAUUCGUUGAGGAGUCUUACCCCCAAAACCCCUAGUUUCAUCAAAUUGUUUGGUUUGUACUAACAACAAAUUAUGUGUUUUGGUUUUCCACUGGAAGAAAGCUUAUCAUAUGUUGGAUCCAAUGCAAAGAGUUUUUUCCUUUGUAAUGGUGCGACAGCUUCCCAACGGUUUAAAGAAAGUGUUUCUCAGUUUGCAACGGAAAAUAUUGCCCCUCAUGCUUCAAAAAUAGACCACACAAAUUAUUUCCCUAAGGAGGUGAACUUAUGGAAAAGCAUGGGGGAAUUCAAUCUCCUUGGGAUUACUGCUCCAGAGGAAUAUGGAGGGCUUGGUCUAGGUUACUUGUACCACUGUAUAGCAAUGGAAGAGAUUAGCCGUGCUUCGGCAUCAGUUGGUCUUUCUUAUGGUGCUCAUUCAAACUUGUGUGUGAAUCAGCUGGUGAGAAAUGGAAGUCCUGCUCAGAAAGAGAAAUAUUUACCAAAGCUUAUUUCUGGGGAUCACGUGGGAGCUUUGGCAAUGAGUGAGCCCAAUUCUGGGUCUGAUGUUGUCAGCAUGAAAUGCAAGGCUGAUCGUGUAGAUGGAGGCUAUGUACUUAAUGGGAACAAGAUGUGGUGUACUAAUGGGCCAGUUGCUGAAACAUUAGUUGUCUAUGCUAAAACAGACAUAACUGCUGGGUCAAAAGGCAUUACUGCAUUCAUUAUCGAGAAGGGAAUGUCUGGAUUCAGUACUGCCCAGAAAUUGGACAAACUUGGGAUGCGAGGAAGUGAUACAUGUGAGCUUGUCUUUGAGAAUUGCUUUGUUCCAGAAGAAAAUGUUCUUGGGAAAGAGGGAAAAGGAGUAUAUGUCAUGAUGUCUGGGCUGGAUCUGGAGAGACUUGUUUUGGCAGCUGGUCCUCUGGGUAUUAUGCAGUCAUGUCUUGAUGUUGUUCUUCCUUAUGUUCGACAGAGAGAGCAGUUUGGUCGUCCCAUCGGGGAGUUUCAGUUUAUACAGGGGAAAAUUGCUGACAUGUAUACUGCAUUACAGUCCUCAAGGUCUUAUGUGUAUUCUGUAGCUCGAGACUGUGACAAUGGAAAGGUUGACCCAAAGGAUUGUGCUGGAGCCAUACUUUGUGCUGCUGAAAGAGCAACCCAGGUUGCUUUGCAGGCUAUACAGUGUUUAGGUGGGAAUGGCUACGUGAAUGAGUAUCCUACUGGUCGUCUUCUGAGAGAUGCCAAACUCUACGAGAUUGGAGCAGGAACUAGUGAGAUCAGAAGAAUGAUUAUUGGACGUGAGCUUUUCAAGGAGCAAUAGCAUGCUACAGUUCCUUGCACCUUACACGAUUCUAAUCUUUUGGAUCUUGAAUAGUCUUGAAUAGUGCUGAUCCCUUGGGAUGUGGAUGAAACUAUAUGAAUGUUUCAUUCAUCAAACAAGAAUUAUUUAUAAUAACGAGAAAUGAUCAUUGGUCCAAGGAAUAAAUUUUUCCAUGUUA